GUGAUAUAUGUUUCACAAUCUAUACGUUUCCUAGUUGAUUAUAAGAACAAAGCACCAACCUUAGUUUCCAAUUUACGUAGCCAGGUGUCCGGCAAAUAAGCAAAACAGUUGUUCACUGUUAUAUACUUAACUACAAAACGUUCACUUUGCAUUCUUUUGGCUCAUAAAAUCAAAGACCAAUAAAAACGAAAAUCCGGAGCACGGCACGCGAAGGUAUACACGUAUGAAGAGAAUAUAUGAUAAAUAUUCGGUGGCGGUCGGAUUAAUUUCGUCUCUGAUUGGCUGGCGUAAACCGAAGUGGUCCAAUAACAGGAAGAGUUAACAAUAACUGUGAUAAUUUGAACAGCGUCAACUUCAGUUGCUCUCAAGAGAUAAAUGGACACAUAGCAAUCUGUUAAUAUCAUAAGAAUUUGAUAAAUGAGAAACAUUAUUAUUAAACCAGAACAUACUAAAUCAUAAUUCAUACUUACAAGGGAAAAUCUGAAUUUUAAUCUUAAGUAAUUAUAAGGAUGGCUCCAUCAAAAAUUUUAAAUAUACAAAAUAAACAAAGUGGUACUAAUGUGACAAAUACAAGAAAAAGAAUAGCCACAAGAAGUCAAAAUUCUGCACUAAACAAUGUUUUAGUUAAGCCACCUGUUCUCGGUAAAGAUCCCCGUGUCAAAAGAAAAGCAGAAGCAUCCCCACCAAAAGAAAAGACAACAAAGAGAUCUGCACUGGGAAAUAUUACUAAUGCAAUUGGAAAAACAUUGGGGACACAUCAAACACAAGAACCAAAGAAAACAGUAAAAAAGACAGCUGUUACUCAAGUAAAACCCUUCACACAGACAAGUUCUAUUAGAACGCUUGAAAAAGUUGUGACUAAGCCAGAGGUAAUACCUCAAAAACCAAAGCCAGUGCCACGUGUGAAACCAGUAAAAAAGGAUGAUGGAAAAGUUGAAAUACCUAGUAAAAUUGUAAAGGUUAGACGUAGUUUAGAUUUAGAAAAAUCAGAGGACAGUUCUUUGUAUGUAAGUGCAUUAGAUGAUAUUGGAGAUGACAGUACAAAGAAAUCCAGAAAAAGCAAUGUACAGUCUGAAGAAAUCGAGAAAAUAGAUGAAAAAAAUGAACCAAGUGAGCCUCAAGUACCUGCAAAAGUUGAAGAAAAAGUAAUAACGAAUCAAUUGGAUGCUGUUCCUGAAAGAACAUUACCUGAGGGUGUUCAGUGGGAUUUUGAUGUAGAAAAUUGGUUGGAUCCAUUUCAAGUUUCUCACUAUGCCAUGGAUAUUUUCAAUUAUUUAAAAGAAAGGGAACAUCUAUUUUCAAUUGGAGAUUAUAUGGAAAAACAAGUAUGCCUUUCACGAUGGAUGAGAGCUUUAUUAGUUGACUGGAUGGUAGAAGUUCAAGAAUCCUUUGAACUCAAUCAUGAAACUCUAUAUCUGGCUGUGAAACUAGUUGACCUAUACUUGACAAAAGUAAUUGUUGGAAAAGAAACAUUACAAUUAUUGGGAGCAGCAAGUCUUUUCAUAGCAAGUAAAUAUGAUGAAAGAAUACCUCCAAUGGUGGAAGAUUUUUUGUAUAUAUGUGACGGUGCUUACACACAAAGAGAAUUAAUUAGAAUGGAAAUGAGCAUAUUGAAAGUAGUCGAUUUUGAUCUUGGUAUACCACUUUCUUAUCGAUUUCUUCGACGAUAUGCUAGGUGUGCAAAAGUGUCGAUGCCGACAUUAACUUUAGCGCGAUAUAUUCUUGAAUAUUCAUUAAUGGAUUAUUCGACAAUAAUGUUCAGCGAUAGUAAAAUGGCUGCAUCUGCACUCCUCCUAGCAUUACAAAUGAAAGAUUUAGGAGGGUGGACUCCUACUCUAAAAUAUUAUAGCGGUUAUAGUGUUGAUGACAUACGAGAUAUCGUAGAUAUUAUGAACCAAGGGUUACAUCGGAAACUUAAAGAAGAUGGACUACAUCGGAAACAUAAAGAAACUCUCACCACUAUACGCAACAAAUACAGUCACAAGAUAUUUUUUGAAGUAGCAACGCUGCCAUUAAAAGAUACUUUAAAUAUAUAAUUAAUUUAAGUAAAAAUGUGUAGUUGCCAAUAAUAUAUAGGAUUGCCUAAUUAUUGCUAGGUAAUCUGUAAUGACAUUUAUAAAAGAAUUGAGAUGAUCACUGAGCAUUAGCUUAUAAAUCAAAAUGAUUGUUAAUUUAUGUAAUAAUGAAAUUCCAAUAAGAAAAUUUUCAAGUUAUCUAUGCGCAAAAAAAGUCAAAUAAAUUACGCUCAGUAUAAAUUUAACAUGUCCAAAAGGAUCGGUAAAUACACGGUUUCUCUCCUUUAUGUUUUUUUCUUUUUUUUUAUUAUUAGUAUUUAUACAAUAUUAGUCAUUUCUAUCUACAAUCUCAGUAUUUGUAAGUUAAUUUUUUCUUUUUUUUUUCUUUUUUUUUCUCUUUUUUUUU